AUGGCGUCUGAUAAUAAGUUGGAUAACGAUGAAGUUGCUCUAUAUGAUAGGCAGAUUAGGUUAUGGGGUAUAGCAGCUCAGGCUAGAAUCAGAGAUGCCAAGAUUUUACUAAUAAAUUUCGGUCCAUUAGGAGCAGAAGUUGCCAAAAACAUUGUAUUGAGUGGCGUCGGUUUACUUCGAAUAUUAGAUCAUCAUAAAGUUGUUGAAGAAGAUCUUGGGUUCCAAUUCUUUCUAAGCAAAGAGGAUGUUGGGGAGUGGAGAGUCAAGGCUGCCCAGAGUAGAUUACAUGAGAUGAAUCCAAGAACUAAGUUAGAGAUAGAUAAAGAAGCAUUGGAUGACAAGGAUAAAGGUUAUUUUAGUUACUUUGAUCUAAUUGUUGCUACAGAUUGCACUAAGACGCAGUUGCAAAAGUUAAAUGAGAUAACUCGCUCAAUUGGUGUUCCGCUCUAUGCGGCUGGUUUACACGGACUAUUUGGUUACAUAUUCGUGGAUUUGAUUAAAUUUGAUGCUACUGAAGAGCGGCUCCAUGAUGUCAAUACUCCUGAUACUCAAAAAAAGGUUCUUUCUGACCGUCGAGAAUUGAUACGGGUGGAAAAAAGACGAGAUGAGGAGGAGAAGAAGGAAUAUGAGGUCCUCACCACUCGAAACACUUACAAGCCGUUUGGUAAAAUGUUGGAAGAGGCUUCUUUGGUGGGUAAGCUGACAAACAGGCAGAUUAAGAAGCUUCAGAAUGCUCUUCCUUUAAUGUUGGCAUCGUUUUCGUUUGAUAGUAAAUGGGACGGAGUUUCACUUGAUGACUUCAAGAGUGCGGUUAAAGCUACAUGCUUGAAGUUGGGUGCAGUGUACGAAAAUGUAACUGAGGAAUAUAUACAGGCAUUUUUAGACCAGGCAGGAGUUGACUUUGUACCUGUCGCGGCAGUUGUGGGAGGUGCUCUUUCUCAGGAUGUUAUAAAUGUGCUGGGGAAGAAGCAGUCUCCAUUGAAUAACUUCAUUGUUCUGGAUGGGAUAACCCUGGACAUGCAGAUAUUUGAGCUUUAA